AUAUGGUCAUAACCGCCAUGUUGGGCGUCAUCAUGAUUGCUCGGUUGCAUGCCAUGUACCAGAGAUCUAGGAAGAUGCUUAUCUUCCUUGUCAUUGUCUUCCUAGCUGUAAACAUCGCCUGCGGAGUAAUCGCGAUAAUAGGACUCAAGUAUAGUUUAGCAGAGGAGCUAAUACUCUCUGGUAUUCAUACUUGCAAUGAUGUACUUGAAGGGGAUGUUCAGCUUCUGAUGACAAUGGUUUGGAUGCUCAACACUGUUUGGGAGAUCCUUGCACUGUGUCUUUCAGUCUGGAUCGCCGUAAAACACUUUUGUGAACUGCAACGACUUGGCCCAUUCACGAGAUCGACCAUCAGGGACUGUUUCAGAGUGCUCAUGGAAUCUCACGUGCUUUAUUUUGCAAGCUUUGCUGGUGUCUCUUGCUUCCAGGCAGAGACUAGGACUCAAACACAGAAAGAUCACAACAAGGAUGAGGCAGCAGGCAUCUGUAACACCUACUGGAGCCCCAGCUCUGCCUACGCCUGCCCCCGCUCUGCUAGACUCCCCGCGCGGCGGUGUGCCGUCCGCACCUAG